AUGGCCGCCCUCCCCGAAAGCUACGCCUCCCUCCCCUUCUCCACCAUCCGACUCUCGCACCACCCCGCCUCCUCCCCCUCCGUCACGCCCGUCGUCGUCGUCUCCCUCCACCGGCCCGCCGCCCUCAACGGCUUCACCGACGAAAUGGCCGACGAGCUCGUCUCCGCCUUCUCCACCCUCUCGUCGGACCCGCGCGUCCGCGCCGUCGUCCUCGCCUCCUCGGACCCCAAGAACAAAAUCUUUUGCGUCGGCAUGGACUUCAACCAGCGGCACGACCUGCCCCCGCGCGCCGAGGACCACCGCGACUCGGGCGGCCGCGUCGCCCUCGCCGUGUACAACUGCGUCAAGCCCGUCGUCGCCGCCAUCAACGGCUCCGCCGUCGGCAUCGGCAUCACCAUGACCCUUCCCGCCAACAUUCGCGUCGCCAGCCGCGACGCAAAGGUCGGCUUCGUCUUCGCGCGCAGGGGCUUCAUCAUGGAGGCCUGCAGCAGCUUCUUCCUGCCGCGCCUCGUCGGCGCCAGCCGUGCCCUGCACCUCGUCUCCACCGGUGCCGUCUACCCGGCGUCGCACAAGCUGUUUGGCGAGCUCUUCAGCGAGGUUGUCGCCCCCGACGAGGUGCUCCCCACGGCGCUGGCCAUUGCCGACGACAUCGCCGCCAAUGUGAGCACCAAGGCGGCUCGUGUCAUGAAGGACCUGAUCUACCGCGGCGCUGAGUCGCCGGAGGAAGCUCAUCUCCUCGACAGCAGGGUGUUCCACGGCAUGGCGCUAAGCGAGGACGCCAAGGAGGGCAAGGAGAGCUUUCUCCAGAAGAGAAAGCCCGAGUUCAAGGCGACCAUGGCGGACGCCCCCUCGUCGUAUCCAUGGUGGACCCCCGUCGAUGUCCGAGUAAAGCCAAAGAUCUAG